AUGAGCAGCAGUAUAGCAGAAGCAUCUGGCGGUGUGUCCACGACAUCGCUCAAGAGAAAGCCGGAUACAGGUAGCGGUAAUAUAGGGGGAGAAAGUGCAGAGCCAAGAAAGAAAAGACAUGGAGGAAGAAGAGGCGGCAGAUGGAAUAAAAGAAAGAUGAAAAAGCAGCAGGCAAAGCAGGAUCCAGACCCAACGACUGCAGAGGGCAUACUAACGAAGUUCACGAUUCCGAGACUGUUGAAAGAGGAGGGAGUUUCGGCCGAUAGUCUCAUAUUAAACGACGGGACGAAAAACUGGCGGUUCGAAGAUCAGAUUGUUGAGGGAGUGAAGAUAAAGGCGGUUGAUCUGCGUGGGGACGGGCUAGCUGUGAUCGAGAGGAGUGAGGAGGCUGAGGGCGAGCGGAAAAACCUUGUUUGCGUGAUUCCAUUCGGGUUACCGGGAGACACAGUGAAGUUAAAGCUAAGAGAGCAUCGAAAGAUCAUCAACGGAGCAGGAUUUAUCACAGCAGACCUUUUGGAGGUUCAGGAGGCGUCAGAGCUGCGGCUUGCAAACGAAAAGAUCCCCUGCAAGUACUUUGGGCUCUGUUCAGGAUGCCAAUUGCAGCAUUUAGGGUACGUGGACCAGCUCAAGCUGAAAAAAAGAACAAUCGAGAACGCCUACAUGUUUCUCACGAGUAAAGAGGUUCAGGAAAAAGAGGAUAUAGCCGGUAAGAUCUGUGAGACGGUGGGCAGUCCGCUGCUUAUGGGAUACAGAACAAAGCUCACCCCACACUACGAUCUGAAGGAUGUAAUUGCUGUUCCUCCCAGAAUGCCAAGAAUUGGAUAUGAGGCAAAAGGAAGGCCGGAAUGGAACGGCAAGCCGGCGGAAAACAGCCGGGUCAUCGACAUUGAAGACUGCAUCAUUGGCACGCCGAUUGUCCGGCAAGGUAUGAAGGAUGAACGGAGCCGUUUGCGGAAGAAGUUCGAGACUGAGGGCCAGAUUACGAAAAAAGGCGCUACUCUUCUUUUGAGGGAGAACACAAUCCCGGAGUCGGCCAAAGAGACCGCUGAGGGUUCCGUGGACAUUCAAACGGGCAAAACAAGCACCAUGGACUGCGAGGUUGGCGGUGAGAAAUUCGUCAAAACGUGUGUGACAAGACAUAAAGCCACCGUUAACGAAUAUGUGGACGGGUUGCACUUCACUUUUCUGGCAAACGAGUUCUUCCAGAACAACAACUCAAUCCUCCCCAAAGUGUUGGAGUACGUGCAGGGGAAACUUGAUCUAGGCGGCAAGGACAGCAGUUAUCUUGUGGAUGCAUAUUGUGGAUCUGGUCUUUUUUCCAUCGCUAGUGCCAAAAGUGUGAAGCAAAGUCUUGGUGUGGAGAUUCAGCCGCAGUCGAUCGACUUUGCCCGCAAGAACGCCGAGCUCAACCAUAUCGACAACUGCAAAUUCAUCGUUGGUAAGGCUGAAAAGCUUUUUGAGAGCAUUGAUUUUCCCAAAGAUCACACUUCGGUUAUUCUAGACCCACCGAGAAAGGGCUGCGAUAAGGUUUUCUUGGACCAGUUGAGCAGCUUCGAGCCUAGAAGGAUUGUCUACGUGUCGUGUAACGUCCAUUCCCAGGCCAGGGAUGUCCAAAUGUUUCUCACAGACACGAAAAACGGCUCAAAAUACCACAUAGAGUCCAUUCGGGGUUUUGACUUCUUCCCACAGACUUACCAUGUUGAAAGUGUUGCCGUUUUGACCCGGGCUGAGCAGUGA